AUGGACCCCUCCAAAGCCGCGCUUGACCCACCCCGGUCCAUUGAUAACAACCAAAACAACAUCGCGAUAGACCCGCCACGAUGCGAUCUUUCCGAUUCUUUGGAUCGCCUGUCUCUCGUGAAUGCGACGGCAACUCCGUUACCAAAUUCUCCCUCCCUUUUAUCCCCUGAUGCCCCAUCGCAUCCUUCCCAUCCCAGCCAACUUGCGCCGAGACGCACCCCGAGCUCCGGCUCUUUGCGUAACGAGCGUCGCAAAUCGAUUCCUGCGCUCCAAAAACGCUCAUCAACAGCGUCGCUAAGAUCGUCUUCGGCUAAUAACGGUCCCUCCUCCCCGCUCGCAGACUCGUCGCGUCGCUCGUCCGCCAAUUUCGCGGGGUCCGCGGCCUCGGGGACCUCCACCGCGUCGCCCGCAACUAUGUCGUCGCGGCUCAAGCUGGGUCCUUCUCCGGACCAGGAACUCACUGCGGCUUCCAUCGCGGCGGAACACUUUCAAAAAGAGACCGAUCUGCAUCAAACCGUCGAUCUCAAGUCCAAAGCGGUUGUCAUAAUCCAUGAUGCCUGUUAUGGCCACCGCUUUUCGCGUCCAAACACUUCGGAAAAAGAACUAGAGGGUAUUGUCGAGCGCCCAGAGCGCAUUCGUGCCUGCCUUGUGGGAGUAGCUGCCGCUUAUGUCCGACUUGGUCAGCGAUAUGCAGGCGAACGCUUUGCGCCUCAUCCUAACCUUGAUAUUCACUGUCUACCUCCACCACCAUUCCAAAUUCGCAAGACGUCGCGCUCGUUGCCGUUGCGUCAUGAAGCGGUGACUAGUGUCCACGGAACCUCAUGGAUGGCAGAACUCCAGGGGAUGUGUGAACAUGCAGAGUCGCGUCUCGUCUCGACCGGUAGGGAACUGGUCCGAACUCGCGUUCGAGGUGACGAUGGUCUAGUUCGCACCGGACCAGCACUUGCCAUCGGCGAUCUUUACUUAUGCGGAGAAUCGCAAGGUGCUUUUGAAGGCGCUCUGGGUGCUGUAUGUGAUGCUAUUGAUACUGUGUUUAGCCCUGGCCCAACAGACCGCGCCUUUGUCUGUAUUCGCCCGCCUGGUCACCAUUGCUCGGCUAGCUAUCCAUCCGGAUUCUGUUGGGUCAACAAUGUCCAUGUUGGUAUUUCAUACGCGGCUUCUCAACAUGGCCUGACCCAUGCUGCUAUUCUGGACUUUGACCUACACCAUGGCGAUGGCUCUCAGGAUAUUGCUUGGAAUCACAACGAAAAGGUCUUGGAUUCUUCAUACAUGUCUUCUCCUUAUGAAAAGGCCCCAAUAGGUUACUACAGCCUUCAUGACAUCAACUCCUACCCUUGCGAAGAUAGAGAAGCGACUGCAAAAAUUCUCAAUGCAAGUGCCUGUAUCGACGGUGGACAUGGCCAGUCCAUCUGGAACGUCCAUCUUGAACGCUGGGAAACUCACACGGAGUUUUGGAAUUUGUACCGGACAAAAUACAUUGCUCUUAUUAGCAAAGCGCGCGAAUUCCUUCGGAACCACGCCAAUAAGCUCGCUGAGACUCCCAAUGGUCCGCGGCCCAAGGCUGCAAUCUUCAUUUCCGCUGGUUUCGAUGCAAGUGAGCAUGAAUCAGAAGGCAUGCAAAGACACAAGCGCAAAGUGCCAACAGAUUUUUAUGCCCAAUUUACUGCCGAUGUUGUGCAAAUGUCUCAGGAGGAAGGCCUUGGUGUGGAUGGUCGUGUUGUCAGCGUGCUUGAAGGCGGCUACAGUGACCGAGCUUUGACCAGUGGCGUGCUCAGUCAUCUGUGUGGAUUGACUAGUGUCUCUAAGGACACUUCUUCACCUUUCCAGCCUAGUCCUGGACCUUCUGCCAUAGAUCCCACGGGAGUAUCUUCAGCUAGCCAAACUAGUGCCUCUGGUACCUCCUUGACGGAUACCACUGAGCUGACCUCGACUCUGAAACCGACUUUGAAGCUGGCUCCAAACCUGACGGAGUAUACGGGUGAUUGGUGGUCAUCUCGCCACCUUGAUGAACUGCAAUCACUUGUCGCGCCGCCGACCAAAAGCCGCGAGAAACCGUCUUCGACGUUUCUUCAAUCUACUCGGUCAUCCUCAGCCAAGGUGGUCACUCCGCCACGUGAACGAAAAAUCGUCGGCUCCUACACGGGUCUCGAUCAUCUCUCUUCCAAUCUACCAGAGGUUGGCUGGGCCACGGCCUCGCAUGAAUUAUUUGCGAAUAUUACUCCUGGGAAUCGGCAAACCACAAGCCAUGCGCCCGAGUAUCUUGGAGUUGUCGCUUCUCGUCAACGACGGCAGGCUGCGCGGGAUGGCCGUUCAUUGAACCCUGACACCGUCCGUCAGCCACCACCAGCUCCAGUCGAUAACACGAGAAGGCUUCGCGCAAGAAAGGCCAAAUCGCCUACACCUUACUCACCCCGGCCCGCCACGCCACGGCAGCAAGCGAUGCGCAAGAACCGGAGACAGACUCUCGAGGGCAAUGAGUUGCCUGAUGAUUCCCGUGAAUCAUCCCCGUCUGUAGAUGCCCGUCGUCGAAAGAGUACGACUGCAGUAGCGCCGGGUGCUACCGACGACAUAGGUGCCUCGAGCAACUCAAAAAUCCUUUCAAUGGAUGGUUCGAGUUCACGAAAAACCAGCCCGGACACUCCUAGAAAAUCGUCUGCCACGAGCAAACCUCCCCCGGUCCCCAAGGUCCCAACUACGUUCAUGCCUUCAAAGCUUUCCGAGAAAGUGGCGCGGCCUGAAGAUAAUGACGUAGAAAAUUUAUCCACUGGGCUUCAGAAAAUCAAGCUGGUCAUGCCAUCUCCCGAGGAGCAGGCAGCCCGAGAGAAAAAAGCCAAUGAAGCACGAAAGCAGAAUGAAAAGAGAGCCAAGACUCCUAAAUCCCCCGCAAGGAAGACGACUAGUACCAAGACCGCACGGGGCAAGACGGCUUCUCGUCCUGAGAAUCUACCAACUAGCUCCCCCCCAGCUCUCCCAACUCCUCCAAUCGGGGUCUCUGCAAGUGACGCUAUGGUGAAGAAAGAGAACCAGCCCUUUAAUUUCGGAGUAUCAUCUGAUACACCUGUUGCCUCUCCGGCGGUGAUGCCAACUUCCAACCCAACCGGAGCCGGUUCCAUGGAAUUGAUGUCGCCUAUCGCCAACCAUUCUUCAGAAUGGGCAACCUCAUUAGUAUCCCCUCAAAACAGCGAACAACCAGCUUCGUUUGCCACAAACGACUCUCCACGCCAAACCACCGGCAACGACUUGCAUAUGGAUGCAUCUCCUCAGAACAACGUGUUCUCGCCUCAUACGUCUGAAGGCCACACGAAAACCGGCCUGCCUGUCUUCACAUCAAGCAGCGCCAUCCCUUUUGCUGCAUCGGAGACUCCCAUUGAGAGACGUCCCCAGGAUCAGCCGCAUACUUCUCACCCUCAGAACAAUUCUGGAUCCAACUACCCACCCAUGUAG